GCCCCUCCGCGCGCUGCGCGCGGCUCCGGGGAGCGCCGGGAAGGGCCGGCCCGGUGUGCGCCGCCUGCACCGCACCACAGCGCGGAGGGAAGGGAACGGCAGAGAGAGAGCCGCGCAACCCGCGCAUCGAGCGGCGGAGCUUCUCCCAGGACUUUAUGGAGGUGAGACAGUAUUAGUUUCCCUGUUACAUGGAUAUGGACUCUUCGUCGAAGAGUUUACUCUUCUACCAACAUCACAGGUUGCAGAACGGCAAUGUCACAGAACUGACCGCGUUGGUCACAGUAUGGAGUCUGGAGAGCGGUUAUCAUCAGUCUCUACUGCAGCUGCUUCCACUCCAGCAUCUUCAACACCGUCGGUAGCUACAGAAGUAUCGAAAGGUGGCCUUUCCACGGGAGCUGCGACACUGAGCUCCACAAUCAACACAUGUGAAUGGUGGCGAACAACAGACACACACUCUCGUCCAGGGGCAGCUUUUUUCCCACCACUCUUGGGAAUUCCCACACUGUUUGCACCUCCUGCACAGAAUCAUGAUUCUGCUUCAUUCCACUCAAGAGCUACAGGAAAAAGUAAUCGGAGCAAUACAGACAAAGGUGUAAAUAGAUCAUUGAAUGGCAACAGUACCACUGCAGUUUCUGCUCUCAGCACAUCUGUGCUCUCCACUAGCAUUGCAACGUCAGCAGCACCAGGGAAAACUGGGACCUCAGGAGCAGGAGGACGAAAAUACAACCCGGAGCAAAGCAAAGUUCAGCUUUUGGACGCCAGGGCUGACAAAAUCAAAGAUAAGAAGCCCAGAAAAAAGGCAGUGGAAAGCUCUAGUAACAGCGACAGUGAUUCGGGCUCCUCUUCUGACACCUCGAGUGAAGGUAUAAGCAGUAGUGACUCUGAUGACCUGGAGGAGGAUGAAGAGGAGGAAGAGGAGGAUCAGAGUGCUGAAGAGAGUGAAGAUGAUGAAUCUGAUUCUGAAAACGAAGCACAUCACAAAAGUGAGAACAAGGUGCUAAUGCAUAGUGGUGUAACAGAUACGAAGACUGAUGGACAGAAAACACAGGAAAAGUCUCAAGAAAAAAGAACACACCAGCAGAUACCUCUUGUGUCUGAUUCCCAGACUCACUCAUCAUUCCAGUCCCAGCAGAAGCAGCCUCAGGUUUUGUCACAGCAGCUUCCGUUUAUUUUUCAAAGCUCUCAGGCAAAGGAGGAAUCUGUGAACAAACACACAAGUGUAAUACAGUCUACGGGAUUGGUUCCUAACGUGAAACCUUUGUCUUUGGUACAUCAAGCCAAAAAGGAGACCUAUUUAAAACUCAUAGUUCCUUCCCCUGAUCUACUCAAAACAGGGAAUAAAGAUACCUCUGAAGAACCUAUCACUUUAACCAGCGAUGUUAGAUCAAAACGGGAACAAUAUAAGCAGACAUUCCCCGCAGCACAGCUAAAGAAACAGGAAUCGUCUAAGAGCCUGAAGAAGGUUAUCACAGCUUUGUCAAGCCCCAAACCAACAUCUAGUUCACCAGCUCAUCAAAAACUCACAUCUUUGGAAAACAACCAUUCUAACCCAUUCCUGACAAAUGCACUUUUAGGUAAUCACCAACCCAAUGGAGUUAUUCAGAGCGUCAUCCAGGAGGCUCCUCUUGCACUCACUACGAAACCGAAACCCCAGACCAAGAUCAAUGAAAGUGUAGCCAUUUCUAGUAGUGCCCCCUUUUCUUUGCCAAUAAACUUGAGUGCAUGUGGGAAAAAAACAACCGGUAACCGGACAGCCGUUAUGCCCUCUACCUCUCCUGUGUUACCUGGUUCAGGAAAGGAUAAAACAGUCAGCAAUAAUGCAGUAAAUGCAGUAAAACCACAACACCGCCUUCAUUCUGCAAAACUGGUGGUGGAGCAGUUCAGAGGGCUAGACUCAGAUGCUCCCAGCAGUAAAGAAUCUGAUGACUCAAAUGAUGAUGACGACGAUGAUGAAGAUGAAGAUGAGGACGAUGAAGAUGAUGAUUCUGAUGAUAGCCAAUCAGAUUCUGACAGUAAUUCUGAAUCAGAUACAGAAGGGACUGAUGAGGAAGAUGAUGAGGACGAUAAAGACCAAGAUGAAUCAGAUACCGAUACGGAGGGAGAAAAAACUCCACUGAAACUGAAUAAAACUUCAUCCUCUGUGAAGAGCUCUUCCAUUGGUCUUACAGCUCUUUCCACCCCGCUUAAUCUCCAAGUAGCAAAGGCGCCCAGCUCAGCACCAGCUGCCUUAUGUCCUGAGUCCCAGCCUGCGGUGUUCCUCGGGACGGGACCGUCCAAUGCCACGCCAAGUACACACUGUGGGUUAGGAGGUAGAAUAGGUGUUUCAAAAAAACGAAGAGUAGCAGAUGAGCAGGAGCUGCGUGUUCCUCUCGAAUAUGGCUGGCAACGAGAAACCCGAAUAAGAAACUUCGGUGGUCGUCUUCAAGGAGAAGUAACAUAUUUUGCACCUUGUGGGAAGAAGUUGAGACAGUAUCCUGAAGUAGUAAAGUAUCUCAGCAGAAAUGGAAUAAUGGAUAUCUCAAGGGACAAUUUCAGCUUCAGUGCAAAAAUAGGAGUGGGUGACUUCUAUGAAGCCAGAGAUGGACCGCAGGGUGUGCAGUGGUGUCUGCUGAAGGAGGAGGAAGUGCUUCCCCGUAUCAGAGCUAUGGAAGGGCGGAGAGGACGGCCACCAAACGCAGACAGGCAGCACUCCAGAGAGGAGUCCAGGGCAAGACGCCGCAAAGGCCGACCUCCCAAUGUUGGCAGCAGUGAAUUCCUGGACAAUGCCGACACAAAGCUUUUGAGAAAGCUCCAGGCUCAGGAAAUAGCUAGGCAAGCAGCACAAAUAAAGCUACUGAGAAAGCUUCAGAAGCAGGAACAAGCACGAGCUGCCAAAGAAGCAAAAAAACAGCAAGCUAUUAUGGCAGCUGAAGAGAAACGAAAGCAAAAGGAGCAGAUAAAGAUAAUGAAGCAACAGGAAAAAAUUAAGCGAAUCCAGCAAAUUAGAUUGGAGAAAGAACUUCGAGCUCAGCAAAUUUUAGAGGCAAAAAAGAAAAAGAAGGAAGAAGCAGCAAAUGCCAAAUUAUUGGAGGCCGAAAAACGAAUAAAGGAGAAAGAGAUGAGAAGGCAGCAGGCUGUUCUUCUGAAGCACCAGGAGUUGGAGAGGCAUAGACUAGAUAUGGAGCGAGAACGGAGGAGACAACAUAUGAUGCUUAUGAAAGCCAUGGAAGCACGUAAAAAAGCAGAAGAAAAAGAGCGGCUAAAGCAAGAGAAACGUGAUGAAAAACGAUUAAAUAAAGAACGUAAACUGGAACAGCGAAGACUGGAAUUGGAAAUGGCAAAAGAGCUAAAGAAGCCUAAUGAAGAUAUGUGCUUAGCAGACCAGAAGCCUUUCCCAGAGCUGCCUCGCAUCCCAGGCCUUGUUCUUGACGGAAGCACAUUUUCGGAUUGUCUCAUGGUAGUGCAGUUCCUGCGUAACUUCGGUAAAGUUCUUGGCUUUGAUGUGACCAUAGAUGUUCCCUCCUUGARUGUUCUUCAAGAGGGUUUGCUCAACAUAGGGGACAGCAUGGGAGAAGUACAGGACUUGCUUGUGAAACUUGUCUCUGCAGCUGUGUGCGAUCCAGGACUUGGUACAGGAUACAAGGCUAAAACUAUUCUUGGGGAACACUUACUGAAUGUUGGUAUCAAUAGAGAUAAUGUGUCUGAGAUUCUGCAGAUUUUCAUGGAGGCUCACUGUGGGCAAACAGAUUUGACAGAGAGCUUGAAGACAAAAGCUUUUCAGGCACAUUCUCCAGCUCAGAAAGCAUCAGUGCUUGCUUUUCUGGUCAACGAGUUAGCAUGCAGCAAAAGUGUAGUAAGUGAAAUUGAUAAAAACAUUGAUUAUAUGUCAAACUUAAGGAGAGAUAAAUGGAUGGUUGAAGGCAAACUUCGGAAGCUUAGAAUCAUUCAUGCCAAGAAAACGGGUAAAAGAGAUGCUGCAGGGGGUGGGGACGGGGGCGAGGAGCCCCAUUCCUUGGAGACGCCGACGCCCGGGCGCAAGCGGCGGCGCAAGGGAGGGGACAGCGACUACGACGAUGACGAUGAUGAGGACAGCGAUGAGCAGGCGGAUGAGGACGAUGAGGAUGAAGAGGACAAAGAUGAUAAAAAAGGAAAGAAGGCAGAAGUUUGUGAGGAUGAGGAUGAUGGGGACCAGACAGCAAGUGUUGAAGAGCUAGAGAAGCAGAUCGAAAAACUGGCAAAGCAACAAAGCCAGUACAGGAAGAAGUUGUUUGAAGCUUCGCAUUGUUUGCGUUCGAUGAUGUUUGGUCAGGAUCGCUACAGGCGCCGCUACUGGGUUCUGCCCCAGUGUGGGGGAGUUUUUGUGGAAGGAAUG